GCUGCCCUCGGCCUCGGAUCGUCCGCUGCACACUGCACAUACCGCCUCUCUGCCGGUGACGGCUGGGCCUGUGAACGCGGAGCCGCAGCAGGGUCAUCGCACACAGACUGGCCGGCGUCGGCGGGGACGUUCGUGUGGGAGCAGCCUGUGGACGCCACCUUUGUCGGGCCGCACCUCGGGGGCUGGCCUCGCGUGGAAGUGGAGGUACGCUGGGUGGACGUGCAUGGGCGGUCCGAGGUGGCUGGGUACGCGGCUCAGCAUCUGCCAAAGACGCCGGGCACUCACGCGCUCAGCUGCCGGGUGUGGCGGCCGCGUGGCUCACUCCUCGAGCGACUAUCAGCCUUCUUCGUCGGCGCGUCUCCGCAGGCGCCUUGCAUUACUGCA